AGCUGCCCGCCGGCCAGGGGGCGGGGCCUACACGAUGUGACCACGCCUCGUAGAUGGGCGGGGCUGAUACUAAGCCACACCUCCAUCUGCGCCCCUUCCCGCCUGACCCGGUAGUGGAUGCUGAUUGGUCAGCGGAAUAAGGCUCCAAGGGGGACGCGACGUGAUUGCGCCACUUCCUGGCGACGCGCGAUGCUGGCGGCGGCGGGUGGCUCGGGGCCCGGUGGGGCGGGCGGCUCCGGGCCCGGCCCCGGCCCCAGCGGCGGGGAUGGAGACUUCCUGUCGCGGUACCGGCUGGUGUCCGCCAAGCUGCGGCGGCGUUUCCUGCGGAAACCGAACGUAGCGGAGGCUGCGGAGCAGUUCGCGGCGCUGGCGCGGGAGUUGCGUGCCCAGGAGAGCCUGCCCUACGCGGCCUGGUGCCAGCUGGCGGUGGCGCGCUGCGCGCAGAGCCUCUUCCACGGUCCCGCCGAGGCGGCGGCGCUGGGCGAAGCGGCGCGGCUCUUCCUGCGCCAGGAGCGGGACCUGCGGCAGCGCCUGGCCCUGCGCGGCGGUUUCGGCGAGCACCUGGCGGCGGCGCAGAGCUGUGGGGCCUUCGCCGCCCGCCUGCACCUGGAGCGGGGGCAGCCGGCACUGGCGGCCGGGCUCUGCCUAGAGCUGGCGGCAGCGCUGCGCGAUACGGGCCGGCCCGCCCGCGCCGCCGCGCACUUCCAGAGGGCUGCCGAGCUCCUGGCGGCUGCUAAGCUGCCCCUGGAGGCGCUGCGCUGCUUGACGGAGCGCGCCUCCUGCCUGCUGCUGGGCCGUGACUACUCCGGGGCUCUGGCGGCGCUGACGCGGGCGCAGGCGUUGGCUGGAGCCGGGAUCGGGGGGAGCGGCGGGGCCGCGCCCGGCGGAGCCUUCCUGGACGCGCUGGUGAGCUGCGAGGUGUCGCGGGUGCUGCUGCUGCUUCUCCUGCAGCCGCCGCCCGGCAAGCUGCCGCCCGAGCACGCCCGCACGCUGGAGCAGUACUGCUGGGAGGCGCCCGAGGGCGGCACGGCGGGAGGAGGGCUGCCUGCGGCCGCCAGCUACCUGCCUUCAGAGCUCUUCCUGCUGCUGCAGUCCGCCGUACUGGCCUGCCAGGAGAAGGACGCGGCCGCGCUGCGGGCUCUGCAGGCCGAGCUGUGGCCGCUGUUGAGCGCCGAGCAGAACCACCUGCUGCACCUGGUGCUGCAGGAUAUGCUCAGCCCCGCGGGACACGGGCUCUGAAAGCCGCUCGGACUGUCACUGGACUGUGCCCGGACGGUCCCUGCUGCCUCGGGACUGCGGAAUUCGCGUGCGCGGGGAGCUGCCGGCGGGACGAGCUCGGGUCGCGUGGCCCCGCCGGCGGGGAGCGUAAUGCCGUGUUACGGUCGAGCUCAGCGUCUGAAAUAAAGCUGCGGUGCUAGCGCGC